GUUCCCUGUCUGGUUAUAUAUUAUUUCUUUAUCAAAUUUUAAAUAAUAUUCUAAUCAUUACCUGCCGACACUAAACAUGUAUGAAACAGGUUGGCAUAUCAAGCCACGAAAACGCGCAUUGGAUCUCCCCAGUCCUAAAACAUUGGCCAGGUUAUUAAAUGUCCCUAUUAAGAAACGAAAAUUGUCAUCUAGUCCCAGAACCGAAACCGAGAAGGAAUUCGAAAAUGAUGCAAAUAAUUUAAAUUAUGACACUUUUAAUCCUAAAGAAGAUGACAUUAAAAUUAAUUUACCAAUUCCUAAUAUAAAUGAUGGGAAUAUUAAUAUCCCCACUCCAUUUAUAACAAAUUCCACCAAUUCAAACCCCGUUCUAAAUUCAAUACCAUCAAAUAUAAUUCCAAUAAUUCAUGAACCAGCUCAAAUUGCCGAUUUCUUUACCGAUGUUAAAACCGAUUUAACCGACUAUAGAUUAUCUCAUCAAAUCUCCAGUAUAAUUGAUAAGUUUCCUCCACCGAUACCUCCAUUUAUAAGUCCAGAAGUCAGACAUCAGGAUGGUCCAUAUGGAGGAAUAAUGGUACCAUUUAUAUAUCCUCCACCACCAAUUGUAGAUAUUGAUGCAUUACCGUAUUCGGUGGCUCAGUAUAAGAUUCGGUUUGACAGAGCCAAUAAGACGUCAGACACUGACAGUACCAAUACUAAUGGUAAUAGUAAUACCAAUAGUAAUAGUAAUACCACCACUACUAAUAGUAAUACUCAGGCUACUAACACCACCACCACCACCACCACCACCACCAAUCGUAAACAGAGCACUUCCAAUCCUCCAGAAGAUUCUAAAGAAAUCUUAGCAUCAUACAUUGAAUAUCAAAAAACUAAAAAUGAUAGCUUACAUGAACCAGUAUAUUUACAAGUACCUCCAUUACCAUUCCCUCCUGUGAAUUAUAUGCCAUAUCCUUUAUCAGCCGCAUACUCGUCCUUAACUCCAGGGGAUGUAUUUCAAACAUUUAUAGAAGCUCAUGAAGAAUUACCUAGAACAGAUAUGGUAGUAGCCAGUGCUGCCGGAUCAUUAUUUGAAAUGAGAAGUCUGGCGGCAGAAGAAGGAUUUACUAUCCAAAGUUUUGAACGAGGUAGAAGUGAAAGAAUAAAUUCUCAGCGUCAAAGGUUAAAGAGAAGUAGACGACAAGGAACUUCAGAUGACGAUGAAGACGAUGAAGAUGAUGAAGAAGAAGAUGAUGAUGGUGAAUAUGAUGAGGAUGACAAUGAAGAAGAUGAUGAUCAACAGGGAGAUGAAUUUGACGAUGAUAGUGAUAUUUAUGGUAAUCAACCCAAACAAGAAGUUAUAAUUAAAAGGAAAAGAGGUAGACCAUCUAAGAAAUCUAUAUAUCAAUACAAUUAUAUUAAGAAUUUAAUUAAUAAUGAUAAUUCAAGAAAUUCUAGAGGAGGAAUAGAAGAUAAUAUUCAAAAGGAUUUAGAUAUCGAUAAUGGAUAUCAUGAUUAUAUGCAAUAUGUAAGAAAUAUUGAUACCAAUUAUUAUGAUUUUCGAGAAGCUCAAGCUUCCAAGAAUUCCAAUACUUUUAUACUUAAUCCUCGAUCUUAUUCUUAUGAGAAAGUAUCACCAAAUUUGAGUGAUACAGUACGAACAAAGACAAAAACUGAAGAAUUAAGUGAAGAAUUAAGUGAAGAUGACUCAUUAAAUGAUUCUGCAUUUACUAUGAAUGGUAAGACUUUAGAUCCUAAAUUUAAUACUAGACGAAUUCUAACUAAUCCCGGUAAAGAUCUUAUAAAUGCUAAUGGGAAUGGACGAGAAAAGAGAAGACUUGAUUUAGUUCAUUCAUUAAGUGAAUUACAAACAUUUUCUGAAACAGAACGAGAGAAAGUAUAUCUACAACGGAAACAAGAAUUACUUAAUAAAUUAAAGAAUUUACAAGAAUCCCGUAUAAGUUUUACCCAUUGUGAUAUAAAAGAUGAAGAAUUAAAUACUUUUAAAGAAAAUUUAGAUAUUGAAAGAGAUGAAGAAUUAGUUCGAUUAAAAUUAUUUGAAAAUUAUGAAUUAUUAAAGAGUUCAUUAAUAUUUUAUCAAGAUUCUAAUCGAGUUUAUAAACAUUUAAAUGCCGUAAUGAUUAAUAAAUUAGAGAAAUUAAAGAAUUUCUUUGAAUUCCAACGAGAUUUAUUUUCAAAAUAUCUUAAGAAUGAUAAUCUUGAUAUAUUUGAUAUUAAAAGUAAAGAUUCCAAUAAAUUAUUUCGGGGAAUAUCUCAACGAGAUUUUAGUCAAGAAGUUAAACAAAUAAUUCGAGAUUCGAUUGUUAAUGAUGUUAAAGAAUAUCAAUUACAAACUCUUAGUCAAUCGAAAUUAUUAUAUCUGGAUUUAACUACUCCAUCUCCCUUGAGUAGUAUAUUAAGUAAUAAUUCAGGUUUAUCAUCAUCAUCAUCAUCAUCAUCAUUUAAUAAUAUUAAUAAUUCUACUCCUACUUCAACUACUGAUACAGUACUUGUUCAUGAUUUUAUGCCAUUAAUUACUCCUGCAGAAUUUGAUAUUAUUACCGGAGAUUUACCUGCCAAAAUUAAAUUAUCAGGAGGGAAUUCUAAAGAUUCGAAUAUUAAACAUCAAAUCUUUCAGAAUUCACUUUAUGAACGAGUUACCUCGGGGUCCGAUACUAAUGUUGGAGCAUCUGAUAGUCAAACAAGUACUGGUGGACCUAAUGGACCUAAAAGAAGAGGUAGAAGAAGUACUAAAGAUCAACCUAUUGCUCCCGGAUCGGGAUAUGCUUAUGAUAGAAUUAAAGGUGAUGGACCAGAUAAUCGAUAUUCUGAAGCGACAUUAUUGGCGAAAAUCAUGAAACAGUUUAUUGGUCCUCAAUCACUUCGAGAUGAAGAGCUUGAUGUUGAUUUUGAAAUGUUACGAAUUAAAUCUAAAUGGUCAAAGAAUAAUUAGUGAUUAAUGAAUUAUAAGUCAAAUGAUUAUAUAGUAAAAUAUGUAAGUAAAUAGAUAAAAAGACAGACUAAUAAAGUAAAGUAAAGUAAAGUAAAUAAAGAUUAU